GGGCUUUAGCUUAUCAGGAAAGGUCUUUACGCUUCUCCUUUAACUUCACUCUUCUGCAGGCAGAACUGGGGAAGCCCCAGAGAAACUGCUACACCCUGCCAGGCUUUGAUUUUUCGUAUGGGCUGUACAUCCGCAGGACAGAUGGAGGAGUGCCUGAAGCAAUAGGUCACUGGAACACAGUAAAGCCCAGGACUGCUUUCGUUCAGAAGAUGCCCCGAGACUUCAUCACCAUGAACCGUGGUGCUCUGAAGGCCGGUUAUACCACAGCCCGUGAAUUUAAUUUGUACUACAAAGCCAAGGACAUUCGGCACAAAGAUGUUGAACACAGUCAGUUCAAGAGAUGUCCUCCUAAAGUACCUGCAGACUUGGCUUACGGCAUCACAGCACGGCCUUGCACUCCCUUUUUUGACCUCCUCCAACACAAAUACAAGGAGCUGUGGAUGGAGCAGCAGAGAGCCCGGACAGCAACCCAGCGAGCGGAGAAGAAAAAGGUGAUAAAAGACAAAGCGUGUGAAACUCGCACCACAUUUCUGCGAAGACACCCACCGCCUACAAAGGAGGAGUCCUUCUGGCACCUGCCCCGCUUGGAGAAGGUUGGGCCUCAUCUCUGUACUUUUCCAGACCGUGACGCUCGUAGAAAGGCGUUCAGUGCCUCCCAUUGA